ACGGGCUCUGUUGAAGCUCGAGGCAUCGAUCCCGUGCCUGUAGAGGAGAGAUCCGAUAAGAAUGGACUAUCCCUGUUCGCCGUUUGGUUCACUGCGAAUUGUUCGCUUUUACCCAUCACUACAGGCAUAUCAGGCCCACUGGUUUUUGGAAUUGGUCUCCCAAUCUCGUCGCUGAUAGUUGUUCUGACGUCUCUCGUCUUCAUGAUUCCUGUGGCUUGGAUUGGCACAAUAGGUCCCAAAACAGGGAUGCGCCAAAUUGUUCAGACUCGCUACUACUUUGGCUUUGAUCUGGUCCUCAUUGUCGCCAUUUUACAACUUGCAACGCUGACUGGAUAUACUAUCAUCACAUCCAUUGUCAGUGGUCAAACCCUGACGGCGCUCUCGGAAGGGUCUUUGAGCUUGGCGGUUGGUAUUGUUCUUACCGUCAUCGUCGCACUUUUUGUUUCCUUUAUGGGAUAUACCUUUCUGCACUACUUUGAACAAUAUUCCUGGAUCCCUUCAAUGGUAGCCCUCAUCGUCACCGUUGGGGUUGGGGGUAAGAGUCUUCGAGCGCAAACCGAGCCAACCACACCCUCUGUGCAAGCUAUCAUGUCGUUUAUAUCUCUCUGCGCCAGCCUAUGUAUUUCUUGGGCGGCUAUUGUCUCUGACUAUUCGGUUUACAUCAGCCCAGAUGUUUCACGAUAUCGGACAUUUACGUUCGUCUACGCUGGUUACUGCAUUCCUUCAAUCCUUUUGAUGGUUCUCGGAGCAGCGAUCGGGGGCGCAGUGCCGAGUAACCCCUCUUGGGUUGAGGCCAACGACGCAUAUUCUGUCGGCGGCGUCAUGUAUGCCAUGGUGUCAUCGUCAGGCAAUUUCGGCAAAUUCAUCGCGGUAUUACUGGCCUUUUCCGUCAUGGGUAACACUGCGUGCUCACUUUACUCGAUAUCUUUGAGCAUGCAAUCACUUCAUUCGAUUCUGGUUCGCGUACCUCGCUACAUCUUCACCCUCGUCAUCUCAGCCAUCGUCAUCCCGGUAGCGAUUGUCGCUGCUGCCAAUUUCUACGCUUCUCUAACAAACUUUCUCGGCGUAAUUGGGUAUUGGACAUCCAUAUAUGUGGGAAUAUCUCUAACUGAACACUACUACUUCCGCAAAGGAGACUAUGGUAGCUAUGAAAUGCUUGAUUGGAACAUGAGACAGAAGCUCCCGGUUGGUAUUGCAGCGCUUACAACCAGCGCACUAAGUGUUGGCUUGAUUAUUCCUUCUAUGAGCACCGCUUGGUAUGUAGGACCAAUUGCCAUUCGAACUGGUGAUAUUGGUGUUGAGAUUGGAAUGGUAUUGGGUUGUCUCCUGUAUAUUCCAUUAAGGACCUUAGAG